AAAUAGAAUGCCAUCGUAUUAUCUUUUACAAAAUAAUGAACACCAUAAACCAUCAGCACAUGCUCCUUCAGAAAUUCCACUAGGAUCGUUUGCAUUCUUGCAAAGUAAUGGAUAUCCGAAACAAAAUACAGAAUCUAAUUUUGAAAUUUCUUUAAGUAAUUUAGAUGAAAAAGAAUAUCUACAAUCACCAAGUAAUUUUGCACCUUCAAGGUCAGCAAUAAUUGGACUUGAGAAACACAAUCCAAGUCUAUACGAACCAUUUAGAUUAACUGAUUCUAUGUUUGCUAAUAUUGAAUUGGAUCAUAACUCAUGGUAGCAUAUACAUUAUUCCGAAAGCUAAAAAGUAAUAUAUUAUUGUUUUUGGUUACAAAAUAAAUCAUGUAACGAAGUAUCAGAAGCGUACGAGUAGAUAAUGCAUUCUAUUAAAUUCUUUAAAAUGUAAAUAUGUAAAAUCAUUAUUAGAAGAUUCGCUACAU